AGUAAAAAAAAAAAAUAGUGAACACAUAAAAUCAAAAACAUGUCAACUUUCCUCUGCUUCCUCUGGCUUACGCUACUUCUCUUAGUAACACUAAUCUUCACGAAAAAGUUCAAAACCUCAAAACUAAAUCUUCCUCCAGGCCCAAGAAAACUUCCUAUCAUCGGAAACUUACACAACCUCGAAGGAUUACCACACAAAUGUCUCCAAAAACUCUCAAAAAUCCACGGACCAGUGAUGAAACUCCACUUUGGUUUUGUCCCUAUUGUCGUAAUCUCUUCAAAACAAGCAGCAGAAGAAGUUCUCAAAACCCACGACCUAGAUUGUUGCAGCCGACCAGAAACCGUAGCAACCAAGAAAAUCUCUUACAACUUCAAAGACAUUGGAUUCGCUCCUUACGGGGAAGAAUGGAGAUCGUUGAGAAAGCUUGCUGUGAUGGAGCUACUCAAUUUGAAGAAGCUCAGCUCUUUUAGGUACAUCAGAGAAGAAGAGAAUGACUUGUUCGUCAAGAAACUCACUGAAGCUUCUCAGAAACGAUCUCCCGUGAAUUUGACAAAAGCCCUUUUCACUUUGAUCGCUAGUAUCGUGUGUAGACUCGCGUUCGGUCAAAAUCUUCACGAGUCGGAGUUCAUCGAUGAAGAUGGUAUGGAGGAAUUAGCGUCUAGGUCGGAGAAACUUCAGGCGGAGUUUGCUUUCUCUAAUUACUUUCCCGGCGGUUGGAUUGUUGAUAGAGUUACGGGUCAAAGCAAGAGCUUAGAAGGACUAUUCUCAGAGCUGGACGGUUUCUUCAACCAAGUGCUUGAUGAUCAUCUAAAGCCAGGGAGAAGAGUGUUAGAGAGUCCAGAUGUGGUGGAUGUGAUGAUAGAUAUGAUGAAUAAACAAGGCGAAGAUGGUCAUUUUCAGCUCACUACUGAUCAUAUCAAAGGAGUCAUCUCUGAUAUAUUUCUUGCCGGAGUAAACACAAGUGCUAGGACCAUACUUUGGGCAAUGACUGAGCUAAUAAAAAAUCCAAGUGUAAUGAAGAAGGUGCAAGAGGAGGUUAGGACGGUACUUGGAGAAAAGAAAGAGAAAAUCACAGAACAAGAUCUUAACCAACUUAACUACUUCAAGCUAGUGAUCAAAGAGACAUUCAGAUUACACCCAACAGCUCCACUAUUAGUACCAAGAGAGACAAUGUCACCAAUCAAUAUUCAAGGCUACGACAUUCCUAAAAAGAACCAGAUCAUGAUCAACGUUUAUGCGAUAGCACGCGACCCGAAACUUUGGAAGAAUCCAGAUGAGUUUAAACCGGAAAGAUUUGUUGAUAGUUGUAUUGAUUACAGAGGACUUAACUUUGAGCUUUUACCCUUCGGUUCUGGUCGGAGGAUUUGUCCCGGUAUGACAAUGGGGAUCGCGAUGGUCGAAUUAGGACUGUUGAACUUGCUUUACUUCUUUGAUUGGGUACUGCCUGAGGGAACAACAGUGAAAGAUAUCGAUAUGGAUGAAGAAGGUGCGCUUAUUAUUGGCAAGAAAGUUCCACUUGAACUUGUGCCAAUGCGCCAACAUUAACAAACUGAAAAUAAAAUUAUCUUAAAAUAAGAGAAAAUACUUUCUUUUUCUCUAUACGGUUUAAAGAAAGUUAUCUUGUAUUUCUAGGAUCCGUCAGUGCACUGUGCAUACAUCCUAAUUUGUAUUGAAGAGGUAUUAUAUUUAUACACUAGGAUCGGCCCGCCCUACGGGCGGAA